UAACAAGAGUAUUUUAUUGUACGACGUGAGCUAUGCACAGCUCAGCUUUAAUAUCACUUUUUUUUAUAUAGUAUUAAUAUUAAAUAUAUCCGAUAUGCCGCGGUGCACUCGCUGGGGUUGCAUGCUGUGUGGUUUAUUUUAAUAUGUGUACUGCAACUUUAUCUUGCUCGUCUCUGCUAGUUCAGCUGUACACCGCCCAGCGCCUUUUCUCUUAGAAACCGGGACAUCGGAACAAAAAGGCGGUUCAUAAAACUUUAAACUCUGAAAAUCCGAUCUUUAAAAACGGGUCUUGCAUUCUACCAGGCUCCUGGAAUUAAUUAAACUCAGAAAUGGCCGCGGUCCAGGAAUCAAAGAAACGAAGCAGGAAGCAGUACACGAACUAUGCAGCCAAAAAGCAGAGGGGCUGCGGCGCCAGGGAGCUGGAGGUGGGCAUGCAGGGCAUACUGCUCACCUGCAACAUGAACCAGAGCAAGUGCACGGCAGAGGCCUACAGCCUCCUGAACGAGUACGCAGACAAGCUGUACGGGCCAGAGAAGGUACGCUGCCCGCAUGGGGCUUUAGCUAGUCUUAAACUGAGGGAACGCAAAGCCACAGCACACCAGUGGAGACGUGGGGUUUGAUACAGCAAGCUAGGUCUCCAGGAACCACAUUUCAAGCCUGACAGUGGUGUUGUGUUCACUCCGCUUUCGCUUCACCACUGCAGAAUUGGUCUGUUUGCGCAUAGGGACUAUCAGUUGUA